GGACCAGGGGUAAUCUACUUGAAUCUAAUGAAGAAGCUCACGACUUAAGCCCCUCCUUAACUGUUCUCUCUCUGUCUUCGUCCUUUGAAAAAUGAAUGCCUCUUCCUUUCCAACUGGCUCAAGAGGGCUCUAUUCUCCUCCAUCAGAGACAGUGGUGCUGAAACGGAUGAGUCUUGCUGUAUUAUAUCGAGGUUCUGUCUCGAAUUUGCCGAUUAAAAGAUUCUCGCAGACUUCAUUGGAUCGUCCUCGUUUUUUGAUCAGGAAGGAAAACUGUGUGCAGGUAUUAUGUGGUCGAAAGAGGGAAAUUCCUGUUUUAGAGGCGGGCUGUAUGGAUGAUGUAUACAAUGCUUUGGCUGAACGGCUGGUUCGAACUGCAGCAGCAUCAAAUUUCCAUUUCAAGCAUAUCGUGGGUUUGGCUGGUACUCCUGGUUCAGGAAAGAGCACUCUUGCAUUUGAGGUAGCUCGGCGUGUCAACACAUUAUGGCCCCAAAAAUCUUUUUUGCUUGAUUCUUCUGUUGAGCCUCCUGAUGUGGCUUUAGUUCUUCCCAUGGACGGAUUCCAUCUAUAUCGUCAUCAACUGGAUGCAAUGGAGGAUCCCGAGGAAGCAUAUGCAAGAAGGGGAGCUCCAUGGACAUUUGACCCUGAACUACUUCUGAGAUGUCUCAGGACUCUGAGGAAUGAGGGAUCAGUUUAUGCUCCAUCAUUUGACCAUGGUGUUGGUGAUCCUGUUGAAGAUGAUAUUUUUGUGAACUUUCAGCACAAAGUAGUGAUAGUUGAAGGUAAUUAUUUGCUUUUGGAAGAAGGGAGUUGGAAGGAGAUAUCUUACUUGUUUGACGACAAGUGGGAUGGCAUUGGGUUGAGCUUGGGAAAAAAUUCCCUAGCCCAUCCUGACCCAAGACUUGGGGUAUGGGUGGUUUCAACCUCUGACCUUUUUACCUGGGAAGGCAGCUUACUUGAUUUUCAGGUUCAUUGAGGUUGAUAUUGACAAAGCAAUGCAACGGGUUUUGAAGAGACACAUAUCAACUGGAAAGCCCCCAGAUAUUGCUAAAUGGAGGAUAGAGUACAAUGACCGACCAAAUGCGGAGCUUAUAAACAAGUCCAAGACAAACGCAGAUUUGGUAAUCAAGUCCAUCGACUUCUCAAGUUGAAUCUUAGUAUCAUCACCAGAGCAGGAAAUAAAAUUCACCGAGUUUUAGUUUGAAUCCCAUUCACCUGGUGAAGAACAAUCCUGAAUAAAAGGUACUUUUUUUUUUUUGAUCAAAGACAAACUACAACAUUUCUAUUUAAAAGUAGAAAUGUCAUAGCCGUCAUAUAACUCACGCACACACCCAAAGGCUAUCUGACAUGGAAUAGUCCUAGCCCAUCACCACCCAGG